CGGCACCGCAGUUUGCUUCGGAGCGGCGUUAUGACGGUGUCAGUCGUACGGCAUCCGUGGUGGACUUUAGAGAGGGGUUGUGAUCAUCUGUUUGUAGCUUUUGAUUUUCCACGGUCAUGUGUUGUGGAAUUCGCACUAGCUGAAAAAAUGGUGAAAGAUCGCUGGAACGAGAUGAAUGAGAAAAGUGCCUACAAAGACUGGGAGUAUCGAUUCGUUCAGGAGCAUGAGUUCAUGACGCUGUACAACCAGGAACGGGUCCUCGAAGAUCUGGAACGCUUCACAGAGAUCGGCAACCUGAUACGGGACCUGCGCCGGAACAUCCUGGACAUUGAGGUGCACCUGUUUUCCGAGGGUUUCGCGAAGGCCCGCACCAAAAUCCGCGAAAAUGGCAACCUGUGCUUCCGGAUCUACUCGGCGGUGCGGGCCAUGCAGACCGAGCUGGACAAUCGGCGUGACCAGGACGACCUGGUGAGUCGCGUACGGAGUGUCCAAUUCGAGGGCGUUAAGCAGGCCUACAUCCGGACGUACUGGAAGUACGACGGCGUGGUGCGGCGGUUCGAGGACACCGUUCGAAGGGGGGACAUUUUGACCUCCAACGAAGCGCUGGACGUAGCGGUACCAUCGGACACGUUACUUCCCCAGACAAGACCCGCCUUGCAACGGUCAAACUCAGUGUCCCUGGAACGAGCCCGGAGCAUCGUCAACAGUUUGGAGGAACGUCACCAGGAGCUCCGUGCCCUCGAGCGAUCCCUCACGGAGAUGCGUGACUUGUUUGUACUUUUCUCAACGCUCGUGAUGGAACACGGCAGUAUUCUGAACCUGGUCGAGGGAAAUGUCCAGCUGGCGUCCAAGCACGUGGUCAGAGCGACGAAGGAGUUGGAAACGGCACGGGAGUACCAGUGGAAGACCCGGGCCAGGGGGUGUUUGUGCUUUAAUCAGAUGACCUUUAUGGUGAUCAUUUUGGUGGUGCUGUGUGUGAUUGCGUGUUUGUUGAUUGUUAAGAAAAUUGUGUUCUAAAAUGUGUACUAUUUACUGAAAAAUUGUGCAUUCGCCGAAUACAAAAAAAUAAAGCUAA